UAUUCUCAGAAUAAGCAGACAUUUUGACGGAAUGCAUGUCUCCAGGCUCUACCUGAUAAACAUGCGGUAUUUAAAAAGUUUUUGUAGUAGUUUUUAAUUCAAAUGUAACUCUACUUACAAUUUCAUCUCGAAAAAACCUUUAGACUCCCAUGAAUUAUAAAAUACAACUCAGAAAACUCAUCAACUUUACCUAAACUUCAAUGUCGCCGAAGGGGUAUACUACAUUUCCGCAUUUAUAAAACCUAAGAUGACUUUCACGAGGUAUUUAUAACAAUAUUAAUUUCAAAAUCCAUGUUUAGAUGAAUAUUUAAACAGGUAUCAAUAUACGUAAGAUCUGUUUUUAAAUUCAUCUUUCGACUUUACUCGAUGUCGCCAAGAAGUACGUAAUCUACGUUGUCAAAUAUAGAUGUGUCUUUUAAAAUCUUAAAUACUCUUUAUUUCUGUUGCUAAUAUUAAAAACUUUAUUAGAUUAUAACGGUCUAUUAUGUAAUAUUUGAAUACAUAUACACUGGAGACAAAAUACUUCAUAAGAACAUCUGCAAAAUGUGUUUUUAAUCCGUCGUUUUAAGCAUGUAAGCUACGUGAUCGCAGGAAAACUAUUAAAGUAAAUGUAUAUCUAGAAGUUUGUGUGUUUAUUUCAUAUCAUAUCGUGUACGAAGUAUUUCUCAAGCGAAUAGAUACAUCUGUCCAUACAAACACUAAUGAGUUUGUCUACUUAUAAGCAAAUUGUAAUUUACGUUUUGUAAUCUUCGUUGCCAUAUUAUUGAUACACAUUAAAAAACAAGUGGUCUAGAUAUUUUUUCGGAAUUUUCGAUGAUCAUCGGUAUCUUUUUGUAUUGUAAAUCAAUAUCUACUGCUUCCGAUUACGUCAUGCCCUUGAAGUUGUGUUGAUGCGAAUUUUCAAAGUCGAAAAAGAAACUUCGAAUUGCCCAUCCUUAUCAAAGUUUGAAGGUAAGAAGUGUUUUAUUUUUCACUAAAUUGGAAUUAGAACAGGUUAUUGUUCUAUAUUACAUUAGUUUUAUCGUCACAAAUUGUAAACACACAACAUUUGACACCACAAACAACAUAUGUAUCAUACAUUCUUGAUAUUGUAAGUUACGUUAUUAACAUGCUUUUCUAUCACUGUCACUUGAUGAUUAUUUUUUAAGAUAAUCUGUUUCUAUGAAUUUAUUUAAGUAUCAUGUACUUCACUGCAGUGUUUGUCGAUUCAAAUUAUGCUCAAUACGAUUAACAGAGUAAUUACAAUGCCUUGAUAACGUAGCUUACUAUAUGAAAUCGCAACGUAAGAGAGGGCAGUGAAUGUCUAACUGAAACUGUAAUUAUCAGUAAUUAAUCAAGGAUAAACAUAAAAUUAACAUGCACAGAUUGUAUUUGCGUUUCAUAUAUACAUCAUAUUUGGAUUUAUUUCCUAUAUAAUAUAAAAAACACAGCGAUAACGUAAAUUACUGUUUGAUGUAACGUAGAUUACCAUAAGAAUAAAGGUAUUUUUUCAUAUCCUCUAUGAAAAUUUGGACGUACAGAACAAGUUUCAUAAUUUACUGUUUUAUUGUAAACAAAAACAAAUACAAAAUUUAGAUGAAAUAUUUAAAUAUUUUAACAAUUUUAGAUUAUGGGGAAAUCAAAAGCUGAAAUACAGAGGGAGUAUAGGGAGAGAAAGAAGCUGCAAGAAGGGGAGGGUUAUCUAAAAAGAGAAAGAGCGCGAGUGAAGGGCUAUUAUGUGCCUAUAGCAGAGCAAUCCAAAAAGAAGGCUAACGAGAGACGUAAAAAGGUUAGGGAGGCGGUGCGGAAGCACAGAGAGAAAAUGAAAAUGGAACUGUCCCAGGAAUCUAUACAAGAUUCCGAAAUAACAUCAACAACAGAGGCCUCUUCGACCACUUCAAUGAUUGUGAAACUCCCUGCUAUUGAUCUACGAAAUCGCACCAGGCGUAGGGUAAGUCGAGCUACAGCCAAAUGUAGAAGAACAAUAGAGAAACUUAAUGAGGAAAAUAGAAACUUGAGUCGCAGAGUGAAAACCAUUUCUAAAAGAUACCAGCGUCUUUUGUCUAAGACGAAAGCUCCUAUACAACCUGAAAACUCAGUAAAGUCAAAUGAAAAGGCAGUCCUUACACCCAGGAAACGAACCUCUACAGAGAUAAGAGAAGAGGGUUUAACUCCAAGAAAGAUGCCAAAAACCAUUCAAAGAAAACUCCUUAUGGCAAAUGUUCUGACAGAGGAACUGCAUGGUGCAUGGAAAGAAAAUGGAACAAAAGGGAAAAAGUUGAUUUCAAAGAUAAUAUCUGGAAAAUUGUUAAAGAAGUAUAGGAUGAGAAAAUAUGUUGGCGGGAGCCUCACAAGGCAUUCCUUCAACAGCAAAAAAAUCAAUGCAUUUCCAAUCAUUCGGAAGAAAGUGGAGGCACGAGAAACCCUUCGAAAUUCUAUUAUCAAGUUUCUAGAAAGGGAUGAUAACAGCCGGAUGAUGCCGGGAAAAAACGACAAAAAGAGAACUCAAAGUGGACACAUGCAAAAACGGGUAUUGAAUGACAGUAUGGCCUGCUUGCACAUGAAGUUUGUAACAGAGACAUCUGAAAAAAUUUCUCUCGCCACGUUUUGUCGUCUAAGGCCAAAUUACAUUUGUCUCACGAAAUUUAUUUCACGAAAUACAUGUCUAUGCCAGAAGCACCAGAAUAUGGCCCUUGCGUUGAAGAAUAUGAAGUCUGUUGGAGUUAAAGUCCCAACAAGUCCUGAUGAGUUUGCCAGGCAGCUGAAGGAAAGUAGUAUCAACUUAAAUGACAUAUUUCUGGAGAUAAGUUCAGAAAACGUCAAGUAUGAGCAGUGGAAGAAGAUUGAGAUGCCUGAUGGGAGAAAGAGAACAAAGAUUGUAGAGAGGGAGAUUACAAAAGAAGAUUUUGUAACUGUGGUACAAACCCAAAUCUGUGAAUUUCAGGAACACGUCGCUAGGGUACGACUGCAAUAUGAAGCACUUCAUAAUCUGAAAGACAAUUUGCCAGAAGGACACGCUAUCAUACAAAUGGAUUUCGCUGAAAAUUUCACAUGUUCAUCAGCAGAAGAAGUGCAGAGCGCGUAUUGGAAUUCAUGUGCAGUUACCCUACACCCUGUAGUUACAUACUAUAGGGCAUCGGACGGAAAAUUGACACAUAAUAACUAUGUUUUCGUCUCAGACGAUUUGGCACACAAUUUCGGGACUGUGUAUGCAAUUCUAGACAAGUUAAUGCCAAUGAUCAAAAUGAAGAUCCCACACCUGAAAACUGUACACUACUGGACCGACAGUCCAAGUUCCCAAUAUCGAAACAAGAGUUCAUUUUUCAUCGUUUCAGACCACGAGAACAUUUUUGGAGUCACAGCUGUUUGGAACUUCUUUGAAUCCGGACACGGCAAAGGGCCAUGCGACGGAAUAGGCGGUACAUCUAAGCGAACAGCUGAUCUCGCCAUAAAGCAGGGCAAAAUAAUUGUCCAAGAUGCAUUUGAUUAUCAUGACAAGGUACAGCGAUAUCACACAAGUGCUAGUUAUGUGUUUGUAAAAUCUGAAGAUUGUGCAACCAAGCGAGAUGAAUUGACAGAAAUAAACCGACAUCUUCACCCAGUAAAAGGGACAAUGCAACUACAUUGUGUCAUCGGGCUAGAAAAGGGCAAAAUAGCAACUUCGGUAACCUCUUGCUACUGUUCCGACUGCAUUCAAUGCAAAUACCACAAUACAGCAGAAGCGUCUCUCUUCAAGGGAAAUAAAAAAGAUGUGGCAGUUAAUAAUGAAUCAGCUGAUGAUACUCGACAUGAAGAACACAACCCUGGGUCGGAAGGUCGUUCUGAUGUUAAUGACUCGGAAGAAUGCUCUUGGGCUAAAGAAGUUAAUGUUGGUCAGUACGUUGCUACCCGAUACGAAAAUGAUUGGUUUGUUGGGAAAAUUCUUGAGGUCGACGAAGAUGAUGAUGAAAUUCUCAUUACAUUUUUGCGCCCAAGCCAGAAAACAUUACCUGGAACACGGACCUUGUAUAAAUGGCCGGUUAAUCCUGAUGAGCUUUGGGUGAAACCAAAUGAAAUUUUGUGCAAAAUCACUGAACCAACUAAGCAUGGUAGAACGGGAAGAAGUUUUGAAAUAUCACAAGAAGAUGUCGAAACGGCAACAGCAAAGUUUGCGUUGAAAGUAAGGAAAUGA